UCUUUCCUGUGUGGCAUGCUGAUGGAUAAGUAUAAGACCCCCCUGCAAGAAUGCCACCACAUUGGGAAAAACCGAGCCAUUGCGUUGCCUUCCCUCCGCCGAGAUGCAGCACCUGAUCGUGGCCGUCCUCCUGGCAUCAUCCUGGACCUUCUGCACCGCAGCCGGAGACUGGUGCUAUCAGUCCCAGUUCACCUGCGACCAUCAGUGCAACACUCCAGACAAGUGGAACCAUGCAAACGGCGCCUGUGCCGGGAGGUACCAGUCACCCAUCAACAUUGUCACCAGGAAGACUUUGAAAGACGAGCGUUUGACUCCUCUUCAGUUCACCAACUACCAGCAGAUCUUUAGAGGCACCAUCAAGAACAACGGCCACUCGGUUCAGGUUGGAGUUCCUCACCUGAGCACCAUCUCGGGUGGAGGCCUGCCGACCACCUACAAGGCUGUCCAGUUCCACCUGCACUGGGGGAGCAAUGGAGGGCCGGGCUCCGAACACACCGUUGACGGGGAGCAGUACCCCAUGGAGCUGCACAUCGUGCACAUGAAGCAUCAUUACGCUGACCUGGCGACGGCGCUGGCCGAUCCAGAAGGAGUUGCAGUCCUGGGCUUCUUCUAUGUGGUGUCCAACAGUGCGAACCGCAGGUAUGACCCCAUCGUCAGCGCGCUGCGAAGCAUCAAAACAGCAAACGGCAACACAUCGCUGCCUCCCACCUCUUUGGCGCAGCUCAUUCCACCUGAGCAGAACCUGACCUCCUUUUACCGCUACAAGGGCUCGCUGACCACACCGGGCUGCACCGAGGCUGUGAUCUGGACUUUGUUUGAGAACCCCGUCCCUCUGAGCUUCGAACAGCUGCGGGCGUUCUCUGAGCUCAAGUUCCACGACGGGAAGUCCAUGGUGGGGACUUUCAGGCCAGUGCAGCCCCUCAACGGCCGCCAGGUGUUCCGAUCAGGUGGCGUGGUGGUCCUGUUCAGCCCCGCCCUCCUCGUGGCCGCCCUGGCGACGGCCCUGGGACUGUCCCGGCCUAACUAGAGCCAGGCGCCUGUGCUGCACUGCGACACUCAUGAACACAUGAAGCUCUUCACCAUUCCCAAGUUGAAACCCGUGGUUGGUAACUCCGUCACCGCAUGGUUUCCAACGUGCUCGUACGCGUCGUAGUGCAGACAUGACUCACCCGGUGGCCCCCACCUCCUCCCCUUAUGACACACAUGACAAAGGUGUUCGAGCGACACCUUCGAGGUGCUCUAUGGGUUGGGUCGGCAUGCGUGCAUGCGUAGUGAAUCAGUAGGUCACACAUCAGCCUCAUGAAUGUGCCGUGAAGCAGGCUUCCAAGCACAACGGCAUUCAUACCCCAGCCUGCCCUGAUAGUUCACCGCAUCAUCGUAAACGCCACACGCACGCACGCACACACGCACACGCAUACAUCCCACAUCCCCUCGCACUUUGGAGCUCAUCCCCCUUGAACAAUGUCAAUCAAAUUUAGUCCCUGCUAACAUCACCGCGAGUCCCAUGACGAGGCACGUGAGGCCUCGUUCCCCCCCAGUGGCGCGUGAGAACAGUAUGGAGCUAUUAAUAGCACAGCUGAGUCACCAAAACAAGCUCCGUUACAAAGUCAGCGGUCACAGAAGUCAUUUGAACGUCCGGGAGCUCACAGCCAACAGGUCAGUCGUCUGGCGGUCUGACCACGAGUGCGACAUGAGCAAGUGUGCGCCGUGGGAAGCAUCAACAGGCAAAUUCAUUCUUUUCUUGCAUCGCCAACAACCGCUAGCUGCACGCAUCAGCACGUCUCCGUGAUAACGUCGGGUGGAGUCACAUGUCUGAUGUACCGAAUGUUCCCGGCUGUGAAAUACGUCUACCUGACUUGGCUCUCAUCAUCCAGCAGGGCCUCUUCAUGCUUUCUGAAGACACGGGUGCCGUCUUCCAGCCGUGUUUGUUGUGACGACCAAGGAAGCUGAAUAUUUUUCAUAGUUUCAUGACGCAUUAGCGUAUAUUUCUAUGCUCUUUAAUGCUCUUGUGUAUUUCUGCACUGAAUGUGUACAUUGAUAUGAGACGCACACGUUACUAGUAUUUAUGUAUUGCAUACAGAUAUAUAUAUAUAUAUAUAUAAAUAUAUAUAUAAACAUACAUACAUGAAGUAUGACUUUGUUGAACCCGAGUUGUACGCCAGUGUCGGCUUGUGAUUCUUACACGUCAUGGACAAUAUGAAAUAUGAAGAAUGUGUUCCAAUUCAACAAUAAACUACAUA